AGUCAAUGAUGAGUACUUCUGUACAAAAGUACGUGUAUACUCCGCUGGACCAGCUGAAAGCAGGGACGCUGGUUAACCUGUAUGGAGUUGUGUCGUAUUUUAAACAUCCAUAUCGCAGUAAAGGGACAGAUUAUUGUUCUACAGUUACAAUCAUGGAUCAAUCUAAUACCAAGCUGCUAUGCACAUUUUUCAGUGGAAAUCAAGCUAUUUUACCAAAAAUUUACUCAGUUGGUGAUAUUGUAAGAUUUCACAGGAUCAAGAUUACACAAUUCAACAGUGAAUUUAGAGGUAUCAGCAGUAAUGGAUUUUCAGCUUUAGUUUUUGAAGGCUCAGUAGGAGCUCCAAUGUUGCCAAGAACAUCUAGCAAAACGCACAGCUUCACUGAAGAAGACCACCAAAUUGUAGAAUCCUUACGAGUCUGGCAAGUGGGGAAGCAGAUCUUUUCUAAAUCAAGACUAAAGCUUUCGGACAUACAGCCUGAGCAGUAUUUUAAUUUAUUAUGUCAUCUUGUUGGUAAAGCGGAGUUGGAUAAAGCAUCAUAUCUUCUUAAGGUAUGGGAUGGCAGCAAAUCUGUUUUGCCAACAUGGAAAGUUUGUGUAGAAGAAGCCGCUCUUGAAGGGCAUGGUGAUUUUUUAAGUCAUCUUCAGGACCUUACUGUAGAUGUCUUAGUUUAUGAUAACCAUGUGGAAGUUGCAAAGUCUCUCAAGGUGGGAAGUUACAUUGUGAUUCAAAAUUUACAUGCAAAGUUACAUAACAUCUCAAAUGAAGCACAAACUUCAUAUCUGGAAUUUCACCUUCAUGGAGGGACAUUGUAUGGACGAGGCAUCACCAUUCUUCCUGAAAAUGACACUGAUGUCAAAGAGCUGCAAAAAGUCCUAGAUACUGUGAACAUAAGUGAAGACCCUAUACGCUCAGUGGAUUUGACUUCAGAUAAUCAAUUAUUACAUCCAACUAAUCAAGAAUGGCUUACAACGCCUGUCAGCACUGUCGUUAAAACUAAACCUCCUCAGAAAUAUCGUAUCAGAGUAAGACUGAGAAGUUUUCAACCUCAGCACCUCUAUCAAUCUGUAAAGCUUCACUGCACUAAAUGCAGUUCACUGGAAGACAUCCCAGAUGAAGAAAAGCUUGACAAUAUUUUGCAAGGAAAGAACACCAACUGUCCCAACACAAAUACUCAAAAUACAUAUUGGUAUCAGUCUGUUAUAUGGAAGAGAGAUCAAGAAGGCAGAGCAGUGACAAUUCAUUUUGUAAAGAAACAUGAUAUGCUACAAAAUCCAGAGCAAUCACUAAUCAUGGUAGAAGGUGGGACUUUCAAGGAGUUCUGCAAACUAUCAAGAGUGUUUAACAGUAUAAUCCCAGUAAAAUCUAACCAGGCCCAUCUAGAAUUAGAUCUUUCAGCUCCAUUUCUUGUUCAAGGCAGCAGAUGGUAUUAUGGGUGCAGAAGAUGUUCAAGCCUUAAGUCUAUAGAAGCACUUAGCUCUUUUCCCCAUGACAGAUUAUGGAAUGCUAGUGAAAUAGCAAAAGCAUUGGGUAUUGAACCCUUANNNUAUGUAUUUGUUAUGACCCUUACACUGGAGGAUGAAACUGGGUCACUUAAUGCUUAUUUGUGGAGGCAUGCAGAACAGUUCUUCCAGAUUUCUGCUUCUGAGAUAUUUAUGGCAAAUCUUUUACAAGAACGACUUCAUGACAUUAUGAAUACACUGUGCCCUCCAGGAAAACCAAUAAGUGAAUAUCCAUGGAUGGACUGUUGCAUAAGAUCAUAUUGUUCUUCUGAUGGAAGAGAAGAACAGAAUUUGUAUGAAAUCUUUGAUACGCUGAUUUCACAAUGUUCAAAUCCAUCCUAAAACCAGCAUCGGAGGAUUUUACAUACUCAUUG